AUGCCGCUUCCAAAACCAGAACCGCCUUGUAAUCUACCAGUACCCAAACCGGAACCACCAUGCGAUUUACCCGUACCUAAACCCGAACCACCAUGCGAUUUACCCGUACCUAAACCCGAACCACCAUGCGACUUACCAGUACCAAAACCGGAACCACCAUGCGAUUUACCAGCUCCAAAACCUGAACCACCAUGCGAUUUACCAGCACCAAAACCUGAACCACCAUGUGAUAUACCAAUUCCAAAACCUGAACCACCGUGCGAUUUACCAGCACCAAAACCGCUACCAUGUGAUUUACCAGCACCUAAACCGGAACCACCAUGCGAUUUACCAGCUCCAAAACCUGAACCACCAUGCGAUUUACCAGAACCAAAACCUGAACCACCAUGUGAUAUACCAAUUCCAAAACCUGAACCACCGUGCGAUUUACCAGCACCAAAACCGCUACCAUGUGAUUUACCAGCACCUAAACCGGAACCACCAUGCGAUUUACCAGCUCCAAAACCUGAACCACCAUGCGAUUUACCAGCACCAAAACCUGAACCACCAUGUGAUAUACCAAUUCCAAAACCUGAACCACCGUGCGAUUUACCAGCACCAAAACCGCUACCAUGUGAUUUACCAGCACCUAAACCGGAACCACCAUGCGAUUUACCAGCUCCAAAACCUGAACCACCAUGCGAUUUACCAGCACCAAAACCUGAACCACCAUGUGAUAUACCAGCUCCAAAACCUGAACCACCAUGUGAUAUACCAGCUCCAAAACCUGAACCACCAUGUGAUAUACCAGCUCCAAAACCUGAACCACCGUGCGAUUUACCAGCACCAAAACCGCUACCAUGUGAUUUACCAGCACCUAAACCGGAACCACCAUGCGAUUUACCAGUGCCUAAACCAGAACUACCUUGCGAUUUGCCACUACCAAAACCUGAACCACCAUGCGAUUUACCAGCACCUAAACCGGAACCACCAUGCGAUUUACCAGUGCCUAAACCUGAACCACCGUGCGAUUUACCAGCACCAAAACCUGAACCACCAUGUGAUAUAUCAGUACCAAAACCGCUACCAUGUGAUUUACCAGCACCUAAACCGGAACCACCAUGCGAUUUACCAUUACCAAAACCGGAGCCACCUUGUGAUUUGCCUUUACCUAUGCCUGAGCUACCUUGUGAUUUGCCACAGCUUCCAUUGAUACCAUUGCCACUUCACUAA